AUGGCUGGGAAGACGGACAUGGCCAAUCUGUGUCUGGUGUACUGUUCUGGAGAGACCUCUCUGCCGUUUGGUUUUGAUCAUCGUCAGUGGUGGGUGUGCGGGGCUCAUGGUGCCUGGAUUCCUGCUGCUCCCCUGCCGAACUGUUCAGCCUACCCUGCAGUGGAUAAUGGUGGAGAAGAGCUGGAUGUUGGAGAAUAUCGCUACACGAGUUGUGCCAGCGAUGGGAGCAGGAUGAGGAGCACGUACCUGGAGAAGCUGAAGCAGUCGGAGUUCAGCUUCUUGUGUGAGAAGUACAAGGACGAUUGUGUCCCCGACAAUGUCGCUCUUCAGUGUGCACAGUGACGUGUGUC